GGAGCAGUGAAUGCAGCACACACCUGUCACUCAUUAGGACCAUGUGACUGCAGCCAGUCCCCCACAUGCAUACAUACAUACAUACAUACAUACAAGUAAGUUUUACUGGGAUUUACAAUGAAAUACUUUAAACAAACAAGAUAAUCCUAUUUAAUUAUUAACCAAAAUAGUUUACAUUUUCCAUCAAACCUGAGCAGAAAUGUCCUUUAGAAGCACUAUCCUUGUUCUGAGCAGCUUGCUGUUGCUGCUUCCACUUAGCAUCUCUCUGGGGCGCUGCAGUGAUAUUUCUUUCUCUAUUUGUUGGUUUAACAAGAAUCAUGGAUUGGAAAGUCAGAAUUAUAUUAUCUGGCUCAAUGGCACAGUAGUGGGAUCCAUAAGCAAAGCAGAGAAACUGACCUCACUGACGGUGUAUCCGGGUGUAGAAAACAAGCUCACUCUUCAGUAUGAACAAGCCAGUAUCACGUGGGCCUUCACUUUAAUCCAACGCACAAAGCACACCAAAAUCAAAGGCACGGUGAAGCCAACAGUUCAGCCAUCCAGGGCAACACAGAGUUUCCUGCACAGGCUGGGUCCCUCGGAGGUCUUCGCGUGUGAAAACAGUACCUUGUUCUUCCACCAAGAGGAUGACUUCUUUCUGGCCAUUGGCUACACUCGUCGUCUGCCAUUGAAGCUGGAGUCUAGGAGUAGCUCCAUGCUGCUGCUGUCGUGGGGGGACCCUUUGCCUCCAUCUGCUCUAGUGACGGCUCACUCGGUGUUGCUGUACGGCUCUGAGUUGACCUCCUUCUCCCUGCAGCGCUGGGAGACCACCACACACCCCCACCACCGGUUCACAGCGCUGGACUCCUGCUCUGUGUAUGUGGCCUGUGUGGAGAUACCAGGAGCCCACUCACUCACUUGUCUGUCCACUAUCACAGACCCGGAUGAGCCCAGAGAUCUGCAUGUGUCCUCAGUGAACAGCAGCAGUUUAUCUGUGUCCUGGGAUUGUCCACUGAACAGGAGGUACUCUGUGUUCCUCCUCACUGUGUAUCACCACUCCUCCCUCUCUCCCCUCACCCCUGUGGAGGAGCAGAGACUCUGGGUCCAGGAACCUCAGCAGUGGACCUUGUCAGACCUGCCCCCAUGCGCCCGCCUCAGUUUCGGGGUGCAGACGGUCUGUGUGAGCGGAGCAGAGACACGAUAUAGCCCAGAGAUAAACCACAAGGGGAACUCCGAUCAGUCGGACAUCUUGACCCUGGCUCAGUCGUCUUCUGGUCCAGACUGGUACUCUGUGAGCUGGGAGGUGAGCCAGCUCUCCUCUGUGUCACGGUUCAGGGUGUCACAUGAUGCAGAGGAGCAGGGGAGCACCCUAAACACCAGCUUCACCGUGAGGGGUCUGCAGCCCUGUCACACCCACUCUGUGACUGUAGAGGCACUGUGCGGGGAGGGGACAGUCAUGGACGCCCAAACCAUACAGGUGCACACAGUUCCUCGUGGUGUCUCUGAGCUCCAGUUUCUACCCAAUGAGUCUGCCGCUGUUUGGUCUCCAGGCUCAGAGGGACCAGGCGUGUCCUUCAUGUUUGAACUGUCCCAGGCUGAUGGAGGAAAGGUGCUGUGGUCCGGCAGGGUGUGGGAGCCACACCUCCCCCUGUCUGCUUUGCAGGGGGUGCUCUCAUACCGCCUGUCUGUGUGGGAGCAGUGUGAGGGCCCAGGCUCGUCUCACAGAACAACACUGGAGUUUAAAUCUGAAAACUCCACCACGCUGCAGCCAAGAGGACGACCUGUGAGACCCAGCUUCAACAAACCACGAGAGCCUAAUAAUAUCAUUGGUCUGGUCGUGCCCUGGACUCUCCCUGAAGAGCUACAGGACAAGACCUCAGAAUCAUGGGCUCAGAUGACAAAAAUCUUCCAAUACAGGGUGACUCACUAA